UUUUAUUUCCGCGUGCCUGACACGACUGGGCUCUUCUUCGAGCGAAAAGUGUCGCUGUGCGUAAUCUUGCUAGAAGCUGCGGAGGUCUGUUAGUUCAGGUAACGAGUUUUGUGUGUCGAAGCCGUAGGAGCUAUCCCACUGGACACCGGGCUACGAUCUGCUAAGAUGGCAGAGCUGAGGCACCGUGGAGCCCGAGACACCGACCCCGCGUUACAACAGCAGGCGUCGGAGGACAAGGGGUCAGACAGUGAGCUGAAGGUGGAAAAAGAUGGGGUGUCGGACAGUGAGUCCAAGGUGGACUCAGGGGUCCCAGAGGUGCCAGUGCCUCCUGAUGACACCCCCGAGGUUCUAAACAAGGCCCUUUCUGGACUCUCCUCAAGAUGGAAGAACUGGUGGGUACGAGGGAUCCUCACACUAGCCAUGAUCUCCUUCUUCUUCUUCAUCAUCUACCUGGGCCCCAUGGUGCUUAUGAUGAUUGUCCUGUGUGUUCAGAUCAAGUGCUUCCAUGAAAUCAUCACCAUUGGCUACAGUGUGUACCACUCCUACCACCUGCCCUGGUUCAGGACGUUGAGCUGGUACUUCCUGCUGUGUGUGAAUUACUUCUUCUAUGGAGAGACAGUGACAGAUUACUUCUUCACACUGGUACAAAGAGAGGAGCCACUUCGCAUCCUCAGCAAAUACCACCGUUUUAUCUCCUUUGCCCUCUACCUCACAGGUUUCUGCAUGUUUGUGCUGAGUUUGGUUAAGAAACAUUACCGCCUUCAGUUUUAUAUGUUUGGUUGGACCCAUGUCACACUGUUGAUUGUGGUGACUCAGUCUCACCUUAUCAUUCACAACCUGUUUGAAGGGAUGAUCUGGUUCAUUGUGCCAAUUUCCUGUGUGAUCUGUAAUGACAUUAUGGCCUACAUGUUUGGCUUUUUCUUCGGCCGCACCCCUCUUAUCAAGCUGUCUCCUAAAAAGACAUGGGAGGGUUUCAUCGGUGGAUUCUUCGCCACCAUUGUGUUUGGCAUCAUGCUCUCCUAUGUGAUGGCUGGCUGCCGCUACUUUGUGUGUCCGGUGGAGUUUAACAAUGACUCCAACAGUUUCCAGGUGGACUGUGAGCCGUCUGACCUUUUCCAGCUCCAGGACUAUGCCCUUCCCAGUGUCCUGGAGUCUGCCACCGGAUGGACCACAGUGCGUCUCUACCCAUUCCAGAUCCACAGCAUCGCUCUGUCCACGUUCGCCUCCAUUGUGGGACCCUUUGGUGGCUUCUUUGCCAGCGGCUUCAAGAGAGCCUUCAAGAUCAAGGAUUUUGCCAACACCAUCCCAGGUCACGGUGGCAUUAUGGACAGAUUUGACUGCCAGUACCUCAUGGCCACUUUCGUUAAUGUAUACAUUGCUAGCUUCAUCAGGGGCCCCAACCCCAGCAAGGUGAUCCAGCAGCUCCUGGCCCUCCGUGUUGAUCAGCAGCUCCACAUCUUCAACUCCCUGAAGGCUCACCUGACAGAGAAGGGCCUGCUGCCAGCACUGGAGGAGGCUGCUGCUUAGAGCCAGCUGCACCCACACCGGAUCACCCUGAGAGGGAGACCAGGGAGGAGGGCAGCACCCGGGGGCUCUGUGUACCACUGGAGCUCAUGGAGACUGACUGGGCUUUGUGUGAGCAUGUACACAUCUGUGAAACAAAAAAACAACUGAGAAAACCAUAAAAAACAUCAGCCUUGGGUCAUUCCAUUUCAUUUGGAUAUGAGAAUUGUGCAUGUUUGUGUUCAUACAGUUUGUCUUUUUGACACCAGUGUUUUCAGGUUCAGGUAGUAAAUUUACUAAACUGUUACACAUUUCCAUCGUAGCCAACUUGUAUCUAUUGACACUGUUGAACAAACUGUCGGUCAGCUGUACAUUUCAGGAUCUCCUCUAUAUACUGACUAAUGUGUGACAAUAUUUUAUUGUACUUUAGUUCUGUUUUAAUGCACUCAUCUCAAUCCUGUUCACUGUAUUGUUAGUGUAUCUGCACCCCCCAAAUUUAAGUUUUAAUUAUCUUUGUUGUGAUUUUCUAUUUAUACAGAGAUGGUUUUUAUAUUUGGUAUGUUUUAUUAUAUCUUAAUAUCAUGUCUGUGUUUUUUUUUUUUAUUCAGACUGAAUUCAUAUUUACCAUCUGCUACAUGUGUUUGUGUGUCUUUUUCCUAUGUUUACUGCCAUUCAUCAUUUCACAGCCUGUCAUGCUUGGCCAAAUCACCAACCUUACAUUAUCAUGUUAUGUGGAAUAAUAUAGGAAGAACAACUUAAGGAUAAUUGAAUCUGGCAAAUGCAGAAUCUGCUCUGUGAGUUGGAUAGCUCCAACUUUAGCUGGUUUUGUGCACCAAGGAGCGGUUUGUUCUGUGCUAAGUGGUGUUUUAUUAUGAGUCAGUAAAUCUCUCCCCAGCACCCCUUUCAGCAUAACAGACAGCAUUCCCACGACCUAGAUGCUAUUUCACGGUAAAACAAGAAAGAGUCAGUGAUGGGACACAAUCUAUUUUAUUUUUUUAUUGCCUCAUUUUGUGUCCUUGUCUUUUGUCUGUAGCAGGUCACAAGCCGCUGCAUGCUUAGGAAGGUGUCAGGGUUGCAUUAUUGCUUGUAUUUGUGACACUGGGAUGGGUAAGGCACAGUGAUGGUUUCUUCACUGCCACAGCAUCUGUGUGCUGUAACCUCGCCAUGUUCACAGCUUCAGGUCAGAAACCCAGAAUGUGGCCAUCACUGGUCAAUUCAACCUGCUGCGUGGGACAUUUGCUAUAAAGUGACCACGUGUGUUCUCUUGCACCUGAUGUUUAAGUUGGAUUUUGCCAGUACAGUCAGCUACUGUAUACACAUCAGUGUUCAUUUAGAGAGGUUUUACAGUAGGAUUCACUGAUAUCUAUGUCACUGGCCAAUGUGUUUGAUUUGCUGGUAAAAUAUAAAAGUUAUAACUUCUUUAAUGUUGAGUUCAUUUCUGUUUUUCAAGCUUUCUUAUCAAAUUUCAGCUGCAAUCUGUAAUUAUAUUGGCAGACGUUAAAGGUGCAUUAUGCAGAUUUUUCUGAUGUGACUGAACGAGUACUAGCAGACUGUGAAACACUUGUGUAACGUGUUCUGUGGCACUGAAGGAGUUUUCUAAAGUCUGUAAAAUGACCCUGGUGAUGUCACAGUGAUGUCAUUUUAGUUAUCUUGAUCCGAGACUUGAAGAGCACACGUUCUAGUGGAAAAAAUGGGGAAUAUCAGCACUGAGUUAGAGAGGGUCUAAUGAAAGACUGUUGAGAUGCAUUAUGAGAAGUGUAGUUUGUGCUAAAAGGUGGGUUAUUUCAGCCUUUGCUGAAUAAAUUUGAAUGAUUUUUUUUUCUUGCAUUGCUUCCUGUAUGUCUCCCAACUCUAUCGUAGUGCAAAGCUAAUGUGCUGGAUUAUUCCUUUAAACCUGCCAGUUCCACAGUCACAACCUUUCUUGCUACAUGCUUUAAUGUUUUUUUUUUUUUUUUUACUUGGGCCAUGAACUCCAUUUGAACCGAGGCCAGCUGAGGUAUUGAUAAAUUACAAUAUGCAGCAAAUUCAUAUAGAUUUUAAGACUUAAUGUUGGCAUUGCCAAGUGUUAAUGUAACCCAGGCAGAACUGUUGAUGUAUUCUCUGUCAUGGGACACAACAGCAAUAUGAACAUACAUAACAGUAGUCAGUGUAGCAAGGUUGUAAAGGUCAGUAUCUAAGUGUGUUAAUCUUAAAAAAACAUCUUGUGAACAUGCUUUCAUCUGUGUAAAUUACUGCGUCACCUAAUCUGUGAUUUUGGAAAUAGUUUGCCACCUUAACCUUGUUCUCAUCAGAUUUUGUCCUUAAAAAUGUUUACUUAGACAAGUGACUCACUUUUUUAUAACCCAGAAUUAGCUUUUGCUUCACAAUAACAGUCAAAUUAUUAGUAUUUAUUUAAAUACUUUGUCAAUGGAAUGACCCAUUGCACAAACCAAGGGUGGCUUUACAUUGUACUUUGCAUUUAAAUAUCACCACAUUUGUUAUUUUUUAUUGUCAUUCCACUCACACCUUUGGUUUGACUUGUGUGAUAUCUAACCUGUCUUAACUUUUUAUAGAUUUAUUUUAUUUAAGCAAGACACUACUUUGUACAUUUAAGAUGUUUGCAAACAUGUUCAGUGUUCUUAAUUUUGGCUAGAGGAAUAUUUAAAGUAUUAUUAUUGCUAUGUUGAAAAACCUAUUGAGAUAUCAGAAAAGUACUUUCUCUUCCUUUUCUUGCUAUGACCUUAAUGCAGUUGGAUGUUUUCUAGGCUCCUCUCUGGUAGCUGUUGUGUGCUGACUUCUGUGUCACAGUGCACGUUUAAGCUGUGUUGCUUUCGUCUCUUCCUGAGCAGACAGGAAGUCUCCAGAAAGACUUGUGUCUCAGUAGUCAUAUCUUAGAUUUCUCUGGCUUCAUCACCUCUGUGGUGGUUUGUUGUUUGAGGUUUUAGCCCCACAGCUCUGUACUGCCAUUUCUCUGGUGUUCCAGAUGGCCACCAGAGAGAGCUGCAGCUCCCACUGAUGCUGCAUCUAAGCAGAAAGGUUUGACCACUUGUUACUGCUAUUUGAUACAUUCCACUGCCCCUAAACAUGAGAUGUACUCAUGGGGAAGUAGAAUGUAAAGGGUGUGAUAUAACUAUCUGAGGUGUUUUCUCGCUCUCUCUCUCUCUCUCUCUCUCCUUUCUUUUUCAUGUGACCCAGAAAACCCUCUGUGCCAUUUCUGAGUCCUGCCCAGCCAGGACCAUCUAAAAGGAGUGUUUGAGAGUUGUGACUGUGCCACAUAGUGUAGGUUUCCCUUUGUGGACAUUUUAUUAUGUGGUUAUAGAUUCUCUUAUAAAGCUAAAUGAUUUCAAUAUAUUAUUCUUAAACCGUGCAAUGGUUUGUUUUGAGUUGUGCAUUUAUUUUGAGAAAACUUGUACUCUGAUGCUGAAAUGUGCUUCGCCUUGGUUCAGAUAAAAUUAAAGUUUAAAAAAAUCA